AUGGCCGGAAUCGUCAGCGCCCCUCUUCCCUUCCUCCGAAAGUCCGAGGACCCCAAGCCUCUGCAUCCUCGAUGGGGUGAUGUGGAUAUAUCCGUUCCUACCGAGGGAUCAUGGAAUCAAUACGAUAAUCCUCAUCGAGGUAUGCGCGAACAGCAGUCCUAUGGACCGGGUUUUGUUCCUGAUUGUUGUCCAUAUGACAAAGAAAUAAUAAACAAUAACCCCCAAGAUGGCAAGAGGUCACACCCUACAGCAUCCUCUACCAACACGACUUCCUCAUCUCGGCGCAAUUCGCUGGCCCUCGGGGCCUUGAGACCAGGUCGACUGUCUGUCCGGCUCGCCUCACGGCCCAAACACCUGAGAAGGGACUCACAGACCGCGCGACAAUCUCAGCUAAUGGAGCCUGAAAAAACCGAAUUUGCAUAUAAACCGAUCCAGCAGGACUAUACAGCCGAGGCGAUCGAGAAUGCAACUCAGUACCAGCAGCAGCAACAACACUCUACUCGAUUUAAAUACAUUCCCACCAACGGACGAUAUCUUGAGCAGCUCGCUCCGACCACUUCUAACAGCCAGUCUGUUAAUUCCUACCGCAGUUCUCGUUUAUGGCGAAACUCCACCAUGGAGUCUCCGGAGGAUCGAGGAAGCGACCGCGAUCUUCCAACGACGACUUACAAGAAGAACAUCGAGGAUGAUCGUCGAAGUCUACGCUCAAGUGUUGGCGGUGACUCUUCAGACAGCUCCACUGGCCCACACCACCAUGUGCUGCCGGCCAGACGGAAAACAUCGCCGCAGGUUGUGACGGACCGGAAGAGGUUUUCUUUAUUGAAGCCGAUGACUACAGCGAUGGUUCCGGCUAUGGAUGAUCUUUAUGAGUAA